CAAGGCCUAAAGGUUGCGCCGCCACCGCUAACCUGGGUUAGGGGGAGCCGCAACGAGCCGCCGCCCCUCCCCCCACCGCACCGUCGCCGGAACGCCGCCGCUCGCCCAAUCGCUGCCGCCGUCUCCGUGUGAGGCGUCGCCCUCCCUCCGCUCCCCUCCCCUGCAGCGGGUCGUGCUCGCGCCGAGCCGACGGCAAGUACCCUCGCCGCCGCUACCCUCGACGGCUGGAGGCACCGCCCCUUGCGCCCGCCUCCGGCCCAAGCGCCCCCGCCUCCUUCCUGGCCCAACCGGGGCCUCUCCCGCCUCACCGCCGUCUCGCCGGCUACCGCCGCCGGUCCGGCGACUCCUUUAGGUCCCGAACCCCGCCGGCGAACUCUUCCUCUUCCGGCAUCAGCAGGUUGAGCUCGCGAAUGGCCGGCCCCGGGGAUGUAGAGGGCGUGACCGCCUCCAUGGGGGAGCUAAGAGUAGAAGCAGCACCUUCAUCAAGUGAGACUGAAAUCGCCCAGCAUGCUAAUGGUCGUGAUGUUGCCGCUGCCGAAGAUGAUGACAUAUGGGAUGAUGCUUCAGAUUCUCCUGGGCAUGCUUCUAACUUAGACAGAGAAUGGAUUCACAGGCAGAACCAGUUUCAUAAGAUGGGCUAUAGGGAUGGUAUGACAGAAGGGCAGAAAGACUCUGCCCAGGAGGGCUUCAAUGUUGGGUUUAGGCAAUCUGUAAACGUUGGCUACAAGUGGGGCCUUGUUCGCGGUGUUACCAGGUAUAUCGUGCUAAGAAUAUAUUUCUGGUACUGCCAUUCUCUUCAAACAUUCCCUCUGGUUUUAAGUUUCUUGUUCGUUUGUUGUCCUUCAAGCAGCGCAAUAGCUAGCCUUCCUGACAACUUGAAGGAAAAACUUGUGCCUGAUGCCCAGUGUAGAAGAAAAAUUCUGGAUGUGCACACAUCUGUGCAAGAAAUGUCUGCAGAUGAUGCACUCCAGAUGUUCCUUGAGAACAUCUGUGAGAGUAAUCAUGCUUCAGAUGACUUGCAUGCAACAUUAACUGCAGAUGGAGCUACAGAAUCUAAUAGGAUCAAAAGCCUAUCAAAUGAUCUUGUGCUAUUGUUGCAUGAAUGCCCAGAUAUUAAGGUAAGUGAAGAGUUGGCAUGAGACUAGUGAACAAGUUGGCCUCGAAUUGCAUCCACCAAGAGUCAACUAAGUCUGGCAGAAACACCACCACAAAAUUCCCAGAUUACUGAAUGCCUGCCAGGGCUAUGUGUGGAUGUUAUUCAGGGAUCUAAUUUUGGAUGGAGCAACUCAAAAAGCUUGAACCUCAGUGAUGUAGCACUCAAGUAGUUUUGAAAAGAUAUGUAAACUGUAAAUCUUGAGAUUUUAUAUGGCAAUCAUCCGUUCUUUUGCUGUAUACUACAGAGUAUUGUAACUGUAACCCCUAUAAAUUAUCAGUUUGAAAUUUGAAUACAGUAGCGAUGUUUUUCUUCCUGAA